AUGGGACUUCUUUUUAAACUUCUUGCUGGUACAUUGGCUCUGACAUCCGUUGUCGAUGCCGGGGACCUUCUUAACUUCGACAAUCAAAACAAUGUCAUCCCGAAUUCCUAUAUCGUGGUGAUGAAGGAUGGAACUUCAAGUUCAGACUUUGAUUCCCAUAAAAAUUGGGCUGCCAGAGUUCAUCGCGGAAACCUUGCAAAGAGAGGAUCGAGCGACUUCGCUGGUUUGAAAUUCAGCUUUGAUAUUGAAGGCUGGAGAGGCUACAGCGGAAAAUUCGAUAGCGAAACAAUUAAAGAAAUUGUUAACCAUGCUAACGUCGCAUAUGUUGAACCUGACCGAAUGGCCAGCGGAACACUUUUGUAUGAAACCCAAAAAGAUGCACCUACAUGGGGACUCGGUCGAGUCUCGCAUAUAAAACGUGGUAGCUCGGAUUACGUCUAUCACCGCUCUGCUGGAGAAGGUGUAACGGCAUAUAUUGUAGACACCGGCAUCGAUAUCACCCACCCAGAAUUCGAGGGUCGGGCAGAAUGGGGCACUAAUGUUGUGGAUGAAGUGCCUACCGACGAGCAUGGCCAUGGGACUCAUGUCGCUGGUACAAUUGCGUCAAAGACUUAUGGUGUCGCUAAGAAAGCAAAGGUGAUCGCAGUCAAGGCACUUGGCAAGGAUUCUAGAGGUCCUGACAGUGGGAUCAUUGCUGCGAUGGAUUGGGCCGUGAAACAUGCCAAAGAAAGGCGUCUUAUUGGCAAGGCAGUCAUGAACCUCAGUUUGACGGGUGACACUGCCACUGCGUUGAAUGCGGCCGCAGAAAAUGCAGUCAAAGCCGGACUCUUCCUCGGGGUUGCCGCUGGCAAUGCUAAUCGUGACGCCAUUAAUGAGUCACCUGCAUCUGUCAAAUCAGUCUGCACGGCUGCUGCAAGCUCCAUUGAUGACACCAAGGCGUCCUUCUCCAACUUUGGAUCUCUGAUUGAUGUUUAUGCACCCGGAAACAGAAUCUUGUCCACGUUGCCUGGAAACCGCACUGGAAUCUUCUCCGGCACAUCUAUGGCUGCUCCCCAUGUCUGUGGAGUUGCUGCUCUCCUGAUGUCUUCUGCGGGCGUCCCACCACAGGUAGCUUGUGACGCUAUCAAGGCCUUGGCUCACCCGGCAAUUACCAACCCAGGUGUAAACACCACGGCAAAGCUGCUGUAUAACGCCAGCUUCCAAUAG